AUGGGUGAGAUUUCUGAAGACAUGGAAGCUAACGAUGGUAAGCAUGCCAAAGAGCCUAGUUUCGUCUUGGAACGGGGCCGGGGGUCGAUUCCAUAUACGAGGAACAAGGCUAUCGACGUGCCAUACCACUUGGUUGAAAUGCGGCACGCCCUUGCCGCGCGCACAACUACCUCCACGAGGCUUCCACAUUAUACGAUCGUCACCCUAUAUGAUGAUCGCUCCAGCUAUUCGGAGGUGGGGCGUGACGCUGAGUUCGCCUCAAAGAGUCGAACUAAAAAACUACGAUUUUCCCGUUGCGGCUCUUUAACAGGAGUCGCGGUUUUUCUAGCUGAGGUUUCCUUGUGUCUGGAGAUAAUUGCCAGAAGUUGGUCGCGUGGCUUGGAUACUCUUGAUAAGUUCUUUUCCAUGUCUCUAGAACAGCUCACACCAUAUAAAACCCAGGACCUUAUGUUUGAUGGUGAUGAUUUCUUCAAGUCAGAACAAUAUUUCACGAUCCUCCAGGCCCUGCGUCUAUGUAGGAACUAUGUCAAUGAUACCAUAAGGGACGUGAGGAACAUACCAAAUAUAAUCCACGACGAACUAGAUCCCACGUUGGAAGGCCUGGCAGAAAAUGAUUUGGCUGAAAAAUUGCUAGAGCUGCAACGUCUGGACACAAUCCUGUCUCGUCUCGUCAGCGACUGCGAGGCUCUCUUCGAGCCCUUGUUGGAUCGAAUUGAGAGAAUCAAUGAGGAGAUGAAAAGUCUUCGGGAUGGUCUAUUCAAUGCCACGUCUGUUCGAGAAGCAUCCAAGGGAACCAGUUUGGCCGAGAAUAGUGCUCUGCAGAACCGCUAUAUUCUCGUAUUCACUAUAGCUACCAUUUUCUAUCUCCCCAUGGGCUUUGUCACUUCCUUUUAUGGGAUGCAUCUAUUCGACCCGGAUGAUGUCUCAUCUAAAUCUCGGAUUCCCUUUAUAAUCACCUUCGUUUUGAUAUCAGUGGGAACAUACGUCUGCGCAGCAGGUGGCCUUUGGCUGGUUCGAUACCGGGAGGUGGCCAAGAAGCUAUUCAGUGGUUGGAGAGAUCGUUCAGACUCGGCUGUCUAG